AAUUUACAAACCUCUCCACUGGUUUUUAUUUUCUUGUCUAUUCUCGGAGACAAGAACAGGAUUUGAAAAUGCUUGCUAUGAUGAGCCAGGUUUAGUAAAUUAAUGCAGGUCUGCUUUUGAGAAAACGUUGAAGAAAUCAUUAAGAGGUCCAAUAGAUUUUUACACAAGAGUUCAUUGUCAUUACGUCAUUAUCAGAAAAGAUAGAAACCAAGUCAGAAAGGAAGCUUCAGGAGAGUCUCGUCUCGUUCCAGUUUCUUCUCUAAGAGGUUUAUUAAAUUAGACCGAAUUAGAAGCAAACUUUGCCUCAGUUGCUCUCGCAGGUAUUUAAGAGCAACGUCGUCGUUGUCAUCCCAGCAGCUUACCGCUCGCCCGGCCAAUGAGCAUCAGCGACACCCGUCCACCUGACGGAGAUUGUUAGGAGGAUAACAGGCUGGCCGUGAGUCAGACUUUCCUUCAGACGGUCAGAGGAGCGUCAGUCGGGCGAAAGUCUCCAGAAACAAAGAGCGACAUCUGAACCGAGUUUUUACCACAACUAACAGACCAAGAUGAACCCGCAGAAGCUCGUUGUCACCAUGCCCCUCUGUCUGCUGCUCCUUUGCACCCUGCUGCCCAACUCUGAGGCGCGUCGCGGUCGCGGAGGCGGUGGAUUCGGUCGGGGCUUCGGAGGAGGAGUCGGUGGCGGUGGCGGCGGCGGCUACAGCCGUGGAUGGGGCGGUCAGUCCUACAGACCCGCACCUGUCCAAGUCCAGAGAAGUGGUCCAAGUGCGGGGAAAAUAGCCGGAGCGGCAGCUGCAGGGGCAAUAGGAGGAUCGAUGAUUGGGUCAGCCCUGAGCCGUCCCGGGUAUGGAUACGGGUACGGGGGGUACGGAGGUUAUGGGGGAUAUGGCGGUUAUGGUGGCUACGGGGGUUAUGGACCAGGGUAUGGCUCCCCUCAGUUCGGAGGCGGCUACCGUCCAAGGCCCGGCUAUGAGCCUGAGGGUUCUGGAGACAUGGAGUACUACGCUGCAGCGUCCAGUGGGCCCAUCUACAACAGCAUAGUGGUUGUGAUUGGCUUCAUAACCUCCGUGAUGCUGGGAAACUGGGUGGCUGUCAUGUAAACAUGAAGGCCGAGCUGAGAUCCAAAACAAAAAUAAAUCAACAAAUUCAUCCUGAGGAUAAAGAGGAACAUCUUAAAAAUUUAUCUCCAGCCCUUGAAGAUCGUCAUCAGCGUUCCUGAUUCAUCCAAAAGGAGGAAGUCCAACAUGACGUCGUCCAUCAGAAUGAGAGAAAUCCUCUCCAGCAUCUCUGAACCCAUUUUAUUUAUGAACUGUUGCCACUGCAUCCCACUUUAGCUGGGUUUCCAUUGACCAUAUAAUGUUUUGUCAUUUUGAAAAUAAGUCUACUUAAAGGAAACACGCCAAUUUAAGUUUCAGCUCUAAGAUGAAGUGGGUAACUUUGGCCGUAUCAAAAUUGGUUUAACAAAACUGCUGCGGAAACACUUUAUUCGCAUCACUGGUGAUGCAAAAAAACAACCGGAUAUUGCGACUGGCGAAAACCAUUAAGAAAACAACAGGAAGUAGUUAAAGGAUAAUGGUGCAGGUGUUUUAUAAUGAUUUAUGAACAAACUUAUUCACAUGUGAUUUAAAUUGUUUCUUAUUUAAUGGAAACAUCUCAAUUGUGAAAUUGUGUUUUUCAGCAUUAGUGAAAUAUUGACAGAUUUAUAAUGUAAACGCAGCUUCUGUCCUUGAAUGUGGUCAUAAAUGAGCUCAGGUUCAACCUACCUCACGACAUCAUGAUAGGAGAGCAUUUAAAAGCAGCUACACUCUUUAUAUCUUAAAUUAUUUAGUUAUGGCUC